UACACCAACGCACAACGUCCACGUCGAUGGCUCCGCGUUCGCAAACGAUACUGCAGACGAAACAGAAAAUUCUCACCAAUCAACUCCGAAAAGCAUCGACAGCAAUCGACAGAGAGCAGCUGCGCCGCCAACGAGAGUUCGCCAAGCGAAAAGUCAACCUGAAGUGUCAAUAUUCGGAUCUUAGCGCGGAGAAGGCACGAGCCACUCUGAAAGCGAUGGAAGAACGAGAAGAUUGGUCAAUCGGAAAGGCGUCGAAUGUCAAGCUACCAGCACUGGCAACGACUAAGGCGUCGCUAUGGAAGAGCAAGAGCGAGACUAACCUUCUAGCGCAGUCGACGGCUACACAAGAAAGUUGCGGUACGACCUUGCCGCCACUGAAGCUAGCGACGUCGAUGGCGUCGUUGUCGAACGUCGAGAAGAGUGACGAGAAACAAGAUGGCGUCGUUGACUGGUGGGACACCUACUCUUGCAACUACGUCCGUAUGCCGAAAUGGUCGCAGCGUCCGGCGGUCUAUCGUAGUCUACACGAUGUAACAACACAAUGUGGCAGCGGAACGGGUAGUCAAGAAGACGACGCAAACGAUGGAGUAAAACAAAAGAUUUAGACGCUAGCAGCUAGCUUUUUAACGCAACUAAUUAAUGGAGUUCAAUGCAACCUUGUAGAGACAUUUGGCGUUAGUCGUUCUGACGGCUAGUAAA